AUGAGGCGAGGGUCCUCUUUCCAGUCUCGGCCGCCCAUCGGGGGCCUGUCCCUUGCCUUUGAGGUGCACUUUAUGGUGGCUCAAAGUCUCGACGAACCGGCCAGAAACCCCCAACCGCAAACCCGUCAGGAGAAGUGGACUUGCCCGAAAGGCUCGCAGGACCCCUGCGGCGAUAUCAUGCGCCGCUGCAUGGCCGUCCUCAGCGCGAAUGGCUGCGAUUCUAGGAUCGUACGCAGACAUGCCGCGGACAUGGAGAAAGUCUGGGAGACUGAAUUCGCCGCGACGUGGCUCCUGAAGCCCUCUUCCCGUCCGAAGCCAAGUGACUAUGCCCCAGCCGGCUACAAGUGGCAUGGAUUCAAGCUGCGCACUCCAUUCUUCUAUCGGGCUGAAGCACUCUCCCGGCGACCCUUGUUCAUGCGGUGCCUCGCAGGACUCCAGGAUGCUGUCCUUCUGCACCUGAACUCGUCAUGCCAGCUCAACGUCUCUGUGGCGUCCUACCAGCACUUGGGACACCUCACUGAGGCAAAGAAGCUUACAACCCUCGUGUGGCUUCUAGAAAAGCAGUUCCUCCUCAUCCUCUGCCCUAGGGUGCCACUGCUUACCGGCCGAUCUAUGCUUACUACGGAUCACAGCAGGCUGGCCAAAGGCAGCAGGUCUCCCGUCCAGAGGCAGGCGCCGGUCUCCAUUCGACACGACGCUCCACGAUUCCGCGACAGUGCGCUCGACGCCCAAAUGCAGCGCCUGUGGGCUUGCAGUAGCCUCAAGGAGCUUGAAGAACUGCUCUGCAGGGCCGACAACGGAGAGCCGCUGGCCUUCUCAAUAGUCCAAGACGAACUCCCCUCCAACCCCAACCGGUCCUCCGGGACCUGGAAGGCCGUGUUCCGGUACGCAGUCUGGCAUCCGCACAAGGGUGUCGACGUGACAGAGGCCUGGUUGCGCUUGCUCUCGGCCUUUCUCGCCGCAGCGCAGGCCCAGGGCCGCUAUUUUAACGAGUUUGCGACGCAGACGGAGGAGAUGACUACUUGGCUUGAUCAGGCCCACUCGACAGAGGAUGAGCGCCUGCCAGCCUUGCUCCAGAGAUUUGGCUUGAGAAACGACGAGCAGGUGUGGCAGGCUGCCAGAAGGUUGUACGCUGGCUCAGUAGUUGAGAGGGCACCGAGGUGUAGGCAUCGCCUCAGAUCGCUCAGCAUCUUCCCAAAAAGCAAGCGUUAG